AUGGAUGUGAAACUACAUACAAGUAAGGCAUUAAUUACUGUAAAAGAAGAACCAGAUGUAAAAGAAACAUUUGUAAAGCGAGUUAAACGCCGAGGGCGCCCAAAACUCGUGUCUCAACAAACACCAUUCUGCCCUCCGUUCAUGGUCAGAUGUGACAACGAUCGACCACAUUUCAAUUACCGUACAGUAUGGGCAUGUAGAAUUUGCACCAAGAUAUUAUUGAGUGAAGCUGCCGCCAUAAGCCAUGCUGCUAUAUGUAAGCUAGCCAUUACAAAAGAAGAAGAUAUUCCAAUUGCAGAUUUGAAUUAUAUGGAAAAAAACAUGUGUUAUCCGUGCAAAUAUUGUGAUAAAAAAAUGCGGAGAAAAGUGAUCUGGCUAAAGCAUUUGAACGAACAUGAGACACCAGAUUAUGAUAAAAAUAAUUGGGGUGUUGAUAUACUGAUAAAAAAAUUGAAAAGGCCAGACAAAGUCUCAAAACAAAUGAAACAGGAACCUGACUUUAAUCCUUCUACUUUAUAA